UCUUUUGUCCUUGGUUAAACCUAGACAGCCUUCACUCCUCAUUCCCUGUGCCGCCAACUCGCCAUGGCAUGUGAGCCGCCACCGCCACCGUCGAAAUCCCCACCAGCUGCUCCGACCACCAUAUCCGCCCUCGGCGACGACCUCCUUCGGGAGAUAUUCCUUCGCCUCCCCUCCCUCCCGACCCUCGUCCGCGCCGCCCUCGCCUGCCCCGCCUUCCUCCGCGCCGUCCGUUCAUCCCCCGCCUUUCGCCGCCGCUUCCGCGACCUCCACUCGCCCCCACUCCUCGGCCUAUUCCUCGACUUCUUCGACUCCGACACCCCUGCCUUCCGCCCCGUCCGCCUGCGCUCCGACCCGGACCUCACCGCGGCCGUCCGUGGCGCCGAUUUCCUCCUCACCCGCCUUCCCGACGACGAAGGCUUCGCCCCCGAGUGGUCAAUCAAGGACUGCCACGAUGGGUACGUUGUUCUUAUCAGCUAUAACAGAACCGAUGGCUUGGCCGUCUACAACCCCCUGACGCGUUCCCUACAUCUCUUCCCCACGCCGCCCGACGAGAUCUGCGCAAACAUGUGCACCGAGUACCAUGUCCUCUCCUCAGAAGAGGACCAAGGCCCGUUCCGCGUUAUCUGCGUCGGCAGCGAAGACUACGGGGCGCAAGCCGCCAUCCUCUCGUCAGAAACCAGAGAGUGGCAGAUUUUCCCGUUGGUGUUCGCUCCAAACAUGCGGCCUGUGUUGCAGCCUUUGGACGAGAAGUACACGCCCGACAACGGAAAGCUGGUGAAUGGCUCCAUCUACUGGGUAGCAGAGAGUCUAGCCACGGCGCGCGUGCUCAACACCGCUACGAUGCAGUUCUCUCGGAUCAAUCUACCUCACGUGAAAGGGCAAGAAGCACUUGUUGCCGGUGAGACUAGGGAUGGGAAGCUCUGUGUCAUCUGCACUGUGAAACUCACCCUUGUUGUUUGGCUCUGGGGAACCGAUAAUGAUGGUUUGGAGAGGUGGAUGCUGGACAAGACAUUUCCGCUGGAGCAGGACAUUGAUGGGCUCAGGGGCAGUUUCAUGGAUGAUCAUGUUAUACUCAAGGUUAUCGCGAUUGAAGAUGGAUUUGUGUACGUGUCUGCAUACUGUGAGGUGGAUCUCAAGUUACCUGGCUGGUUCCUAUCUUUCUGCCUGGAAACGGAGGAACUCAAUAAGCUCUGUCCCAUCAUUCACGACGAUAUGUAUCCCUACAUCAUGGCGUGGCCUCCUUCUUUGGUGCUCGACAAGACAACCGCCUUAUCCAGUUAAAGUGUGACUGAGCUGCCCGAAACUACAUAGCUUGAAUGGUUAGAAACUGGAAUGCAAGUUUAAGGUGCUACAGCAUGCUGGUCUUGUUGAUCCACAAGGAGAACCUGAACUAUCUUCAGCUAUAACUUUUAUCUGUUUGUGGAACUUCCUUAGAACUGUCAAGCGGCAAGCAAAUUUGUAAUGAUGCCAUGAUGUUGUUGAACUAUCUUCAGCUAUAACUUGUAUCUGUUUGUGGUACUUCCUUAGAACUUCAAUGUAACAACGGAUGAUGAUGUUGAAGCUCCAUACUUUCGUCUAUAACAGCUUAAGUGCUAGUACUUUUUUUUUGAGCU